CCAAGAUGGCGGCGCCGCCAGAUGAGGCGAGCGAGUCGGUGAAGACGGAGCCCGAGCUCCUGGAGGAGGUGAAGCAGGAGACCCCGGGCUGCAAUGACAGCGAGGAGACGGCGCUCGGCAACGGGAAUGGAGUCUCUCCCAAGCCCGCCAGUCCCCAGGCGGCUGCCCCGGCUGCCGUCACCCCUCAGGCGGGGAGCUCGGAGGCGCCGGACCGGCAGACGCUGCUCGCCGUGCUGCAGUUCCUCAAGAAAAGUAACCUGAAGGAGUCGGCGGAUGUUCUGCUCCGGGAGAUCGGCGUCGUGGACGGGGAGGACGCGCCGAGCCCCGGGCAGCAGGACGGGGCAGAGCAGACGCUCCUCAGCCGGGUGACCGCGGGGAACUCGUCCUCAGCGGCCGGCGGGGGAGCCACCUCCAGCAGCGGCGCCAGUGCGGGGGGCCCGGUGAAAGCUCCAGUAAGUAGUGGCCCCCAGGAUCAGCCGGACGUCAGCGCCGUUCUGUCUGCGUACACCCAGCAAGGAGAUCCUGCCCUGUAUGAGGACUAUUACAGCGGUCUGAAGAGAUUCAUCGAGUCUGUCCUGGACUGUCACCGUGCCGAGCUGUCUCAGUUAUUCUACCCGCUCUUUGUACACAUGUAUCUAGAGCUCGUAUACAACCAGCAUGAAAACAAGGCAAAGUCAUUCUUUGAUAAGUUUCAUGGAGAUCAGGAAUGUUACUAUGAAGAUGAUCUUCGGAUUUUGGUCAGCCUGACUAAAAAAGAGCAUAUGAAGGGAAACGAGACCAUGCUUGACUUUCGGACAAGCAAGUUUGUUCUAAGAAUAUCCCGAGACUCCUACCAGCUUCUGAAGCGACAUCUACAGGAGAGGCAGAACAAUCAGAUCUGGAGUAUAGUCCAGGAACAUUUGUAUAUUGAUAUCUUCGAUGGCAUGCCACGUAGCAAGCAACAGAUUGAUGCGAUGGUGGGCAGCCUCUCCGGAGAGGCGAGAAGAGAAGCCAACAAAGUCAAGGUGUUCUAUGGUCUUCUAAAAGAGCCAGAGAUUGAAGUGCCUUUGGAUGAUGAAGAUGAAGAAGGGGAAAAUGAGGAAGGCAAGCCGAAGAAAAAGAAGCCAAAAAAAGAUAGUAUUGGCUCAAAAAGUAAAAAGCAAGACCCUCAUGCUCCUCCACAGAAUAGGAUUCCUCUUCCAGAGCUGAAAGAUUCCGACAAACUCGAUAAAAUUAUGAUAAUGAAGGAAGCUGCAAAGCGUGUGCGACUUGGUCCUGACUUUUUACCAUCAGUCUGUUUCUACACAUUCCUCAAUGCUUAUCAGGGCCUGACCGCAUUGGACAUUACUGAUGACUCCAGCAUGAUUGCAGGAGGCUUUGCCGAUUCCACUGUGCGCGUAUGGAGUCUGACGCCUAAAAAACUGCGCAGUGUCAAAAGCACAUCUGAUCUUAAUUUGAUUGACAAGGAAUCAGAUGAUGUUCUAGAGCGAAUUAUGGAUGAGAAAACUGCCAGCGAGGUGAAAGUUUUAUGUGGUCACAGUGGUCCUGUAUAUGCAACUAGCUUCAGCCCAGACAGGAACUACUUGCUAUCCAGUUCAGAAGAUGGCACCGUCCGGCUGUGGAGCCUACAGACCUUUACCUGCUUAGUGGCGUACAAAGGUCACAAUUAUCCCGUGUGGGAUGCACAGUUCUCGCCAUAUGGGUAUUACUUUGUUUCCGGAGGACAUGACAGAGUUGCACGAUUAUGGGCUACUGACCACUAUCAGCCCCUACGUAUAUUUGCUGGCCAUCUGGCAGAUGUGAUAAGUACACGUUUCCAUCCCAAUUCUAACUAUAUAGCCACUGGCUCCACGGACAGGACAGUCAGAAUGUGGGAUGUGCUCAAUGGGAACUGUGUAAGGAUCUUUACUGGACACAAGGGACCUAUUCACUCGCUGGCCUUUACUCCUAAUGGAAAGUUUCUAGCUAGCGGAGCUACAGAUGCCAGAGUCUUGCUUUGGGACAUUGGCCAUGGUUUAAUGGUUGGAGAGUUAAAGGGUCACACCAACACAAUCUAUGCACUUAGAUUUAGUCGUGAUGGCGAAAUUUUAGCAUCAGGUUCGAUGGAUAAUACAGUUUGUUUAUGGGAUGCAAUAAAGGCUUUUGAAGAUUUGGAAACGGAUGACUUUACAAGUGCUACAGGUCAUAUAAACUUACAUGAAAAUUCCCAAGACUUACUGCUCGGUUCUUACAUGACCAAAUCCACCCCUGUUAUCCACCUUCAUUUCACAAGAAGAAACCUCCUCCUGGCGUCUGGAGCGUACAGCCCGCAGUGAUGAAGCGUCCAGCCAAGGGCCGAGGCCAACUUAUGCAAUGAAGUUACCAAAUGGGAUUCCGAUGUCAAUUUCCGCAAGAUCCUCUUGCAUUCACUGCACUGCCUUGGUCGCCCUAGGGAUAGGCUUUAUAUGGAAAGCAACAGGGCUGAAAGGCAUAUGCAGAAAUGGUGCUGUGAUCGAAUGACUGUUAUAGUUGAGCACUGAGUGCUUGUGUACAUGUAACACUGCAUCUAUGUAUUAGACUGUCUUCAGUGGUGGUCUCAGAUUUCAGGGGCAAUGAGGAAGCAUUGGAAGUGCCUCACACGAUUGUGCUGUCGGUACCACCGUUUUCAGUGGUGCAGCUGUCCCUGGGAAUUGGGAAGCGGUCAAAGCUUGGCGUCCCUCACACAACAUGUCAGAAGAUGGUUUUUAAGGUUGACUUGUCAGUUAAAUUUAUGCUGAAUAGAGGACCUUCACUUUAUCACUAUGCUAUUUUCCAUGGUGAUUUCUAUAUUAUCUUUAGCAUUGUGUCGCCAUAGAGGUAACCUGUUCUUGUGGGGCGGGGGGAGAUCCUAGUGGUCGGACCCUGACAGAUCACACUUAUCACCUAUCCUGUGGAUAGGGGGUCAGUUUAAGGCUGGGGGCUACAUGCCAAUCUGGGAAGUGACCAAAGCUUUUUGUGUUCAGUGUAGCCAUUGGGUCACAAAAAAUCCUGUGAUGGUUGUGGCAACGUGGUAGUCCUGCUGCGUCCCCAUUUCAGUGACUGCAGUGCUACACAGAGACCUUUGGUUGCAAGAAGGGUGUCAAGGCUGAAAUUGCUAUGUAGCCCCAACCUUAAAGGGAUUUUCAGGCAGAACUCCCCACCAGCAUGGCUGGACCUGUGACGGCAAUCUCGCUCACCUAAUCCCUUCCAGCUCCUUCCCUUGCUGCUGCAGAUCUAUGGUCUCUGCAUAUCAACAUCUGGUCUGAUGCGGGUGAUGUGUACCCCAUGUGUCAUGUAACCACUUUGGGGAAAGCGGAGGAAUCAGAGUCCUGCAGCAAUGGCAGGGGAAUGAAGGAGCCAAAACCCGGCCACGGGGGAUGAGGCAAGAAUGAUUCCUCUGCAGUUCUGGCCAUGCUGGGAAGUGGGGUUUGCCGAAAAGGACUGAACAACCCCCUUUAAUCUGGCAUAUAAUGCAUGUGAGCAGAUAUUACACCCAAUCUAAUGUGCUAAUCAUGCCGGAUGAUAAUAUAUACUCUUUAUUAUAAUGCUAUUAAUAUCAAAUAAUAUUGUACAAGGGGAGCAUGCAAUAAGGCGACUGCAAAAUAUUGUGUGACAAAAGGAAUAUGGAGCCAAAGAGCUAAUGAGGCAUCUGAAUCGGCACCAACCACAGAAGCAUCCCCAGUGGACAAGGCUCCAUAGUAAAAUGUCAGGUGUGGUGGACCCGGUGUAUGGAGCGAGACUUACUUUCCCACCCUCUUGUGGUGAAAAAUAUAAAAUGUGACACAAUCUUUGCGCAGGUAAUCACCAAAAAGUCGCAAAGCCCUAUUUUGAAAGCUUUUGAAGCCGCUGUUUGUUGCAGAUGUCUCUUUGGUUUAUUAUUUUGCCGUUUCCUUAUUGGGUGCUGUUACUCGGCUUGUCCACCAGAUGUCUCCCCCAAUGGAUUCAUUUUUUUAUUUGCACAUGUAAGGCUACUUUCACACUGCUGUCUGUGAGAUCCGUUUCAGGGCUCUCACAAGCGGCCCCAAACGGAUCAGUUUAGCCCUAAUGCAUUCUAAAUGGA